AAGACAAAAGAGUGAGCCCCCGAACCAUCGAUCAGCCGCUUCCACUGAGUGCUUGCUGACUCCGCCAUCAUCACACGCCGCCGUCACCAUCCGCAAUCUACAGUUAUACACGACGUCAUGGGUUUGAAGCAGGACGAGUCGACGGCGCCGCAGCUGGCGGGUUUACAGGAUGGUGAUGGUGUUGCGAAGCCUCAACACGAGCCCGACCUCAUGGGCCAGUUUCCCAUCCUGAACGCCUACUCUCACCUGGCAUUUGGUUUUGAGCUCCCGCCCGACGCCGAUCGGGGCGCCGUUGUUGACGCCCUCCAGACGGCGCUAGAUCGGCUGAUCGAGCAGAUCCCUUGGCUGGGAUGGCAGGUUGGCCAGAGAUCGGGCGUCCGUACGGCGGUCCCUUGGCCCGAAGACGUGCCCAGGGAGGUUUUGCGUGUCAAGCACUGCGACGACGCCAUCCUGCCCAUGCAUCAGCUCCUGGCAGCCGGCGUGCCCAUCGGCAAACUCGACGGCAAGGUGCUAACGCCCUGGCCGGGCCUUCCGCAGCCCCACGGGCUCGCGGGUCCGGUGCCCGUCAUCGCCGUGCAGGCAAACUUCAUCCAGGGCGGGCUCAUUCUCAUCCUCAGCUCACACCACACCAUGAUAGACGGCACGGCCAACUUCCAGCUCGUCAAGCUCCUGACCACGCUGCUCCGUGGCGACGAGAUCCCGGCAGCCGACCUGCAGCAGGCCAACCGCGACCGGAGCCGGCUGAUUGACUUGAUCCCACCCAGCCAGCCGGUGAAGGACCACUCUCACCUGCGGUGUCCGCCCGGCUACCAGGUCGUGUUCCCGACCAGGCCGCCGACAUGGUGCUACUUCAAGGUGCCCGUAGCGUCGCUGUCGAAGCUCGCCAAGACAGUCACAGCCCAGGACCCGGACCGGCCCGUGACGGAAGACGACGUGCUCCACGCCUUCUACUGGCAGCGUCUCUGCGCCGUGCGUCUCUCGCGCGGCAUGUCCGCCGACACCGUGUCCAAGAUGUCGCGCGCCAUCGAUGGGCGCACGGCGCUCGGAAUCCCCGCGUCCUACAUGGGCGCACUCGUCUGCUCGGCCAUCACACGCCUGCCGGUGGGCCAGGUGGCGUCCCUCACCCUGGGGCAGACGGCACGGGUGCUGCGCCGCGAGCUCUCGCAGGCCAACACGGCGUGGGCCGUCCGCAGCUUCGCCACCUUCAUCGCGCGCGAGCCGGAUCGCUCGCUCCUCUUGUACACCGGCACCCACGACGGCAACACCGACGUCGGCGCCUCGUCGACCCUGAACACGAACCAGACGCCGUCGCCGUCCUGGGGCCCCUUGCUAGGGCCGUGCCGCUUUUUCCGCCGCGUGCUAGGCGCGCCCAUUCCGGGCUCCUUUGCCGUUCAGUCGGUCGAGGGCCGGGCCAUUCCUAUUGCCGUGUGCUUGCCGCUGGAUGAUCUGGAGGCCUUGAAAAAGGACGAGCUGUGGAGAGAAUACACGACAUGCGUUGGCUGAGUCUGGGCGCGCGCGUUGGGGGAGAAAGUCCUACAGGACAUUCUAUGCCUGAGGGUCGGAAAAAAAGGGCACAAAGACUCGCUUUUUCUGCUCCGUCGAUGGGGCUAGGUACUUGGGUGUUCAAAUGCCAUGUGUUACAAAUUCUAUUCCAAGCGGCUUCGCGUCUUCAUCCGUGGUAAACUAUGUGUCUAGCCCUGGACACUUACGUUUAGUAGUAGUGGUAGUGGUAGUACUAAGUAAUACUUAUCAACAAUCACACGAACAUUCUUGUUGUGACGGAGAAGAUGAGCAAAAGGGAGC